GUCUGGCGAUUCGAUAUCAACGAUGUUGUGUGUUCGUUUAAAUAGAGCUAUCCUGUCGCACAUUUCUUAUGAAAGACUCGUGUUAAAACUUUCUACCUUGCAAGUAAAUCAGUUUGUAGUGAAGAGGUGUUAUAGUGACAUGCAGGAUGUAUCAAAGCUCAGUAAAUACAGUUACUGGAAAGAGACGUAUGCUCGAAAACAUGGAAACAAGAUGUCUUUUGAUUGGUUUGUGGACGCCAAUGAUGUCAGAGAACAGUUAACCACCGAACUGAUCAGACUGAAAGAAGGAUGCCAGUCGCAUAUAAAUGUCCUUGACAUUGGCUGCGGUACUUCUUCCUUGCCGUUUUACAUGUACAAAGAAAUUCAAACACCAGUAUCCUUAUUUUGUGCCGACUUCAUUACUGACGCUCUUAGAAUUCAAAAGGGAUGGCUGGCAGAUACCUCUCCUGGACAUUCGAGUUCUGUUGCCAGUUUUGUUACUUGCAAUGCUUGUAGCAUUCCAUUUCUGAGUAACAUGUUUCAUAUGGUUAUCGACAAGGGGACGAUGGAUUCUCUGCUGAAGAGCAGUACUGGUGGUAAAUCUAAAGCAGAAGUCAUGAUGAGCGAGGUGUAUCGCAUUUUGUGUAGUGGCGGGAAAUAUCUACAGAUCACAGACGAAGACCCAGACGUCAGACUGGCACUGCUGGAAGAUUUAUCAAAGAAACUGCCUCACGAAGUUUCAUGGUCAUUCAUCACUAUUGACUGUAACAACUAUAAGGAGUAUUUCAUGUUUCAGUUUACUAAGCUAAUUUAGCGUUACAUCGUAGUUUAAGCAAAUUAAACAAAAGAAGAA